AUGGCAAGACGCAUAUUGUCGCGGUUUGGCCAUUGGUCUUCUUAUGUGUUUGCAGUGGAGUUCGAUACGAAAUCUGACCCCAUCUACUUCGCCCUAGAAGGCAAGCAUAGCGAGGGGCCACAAGUGUUCAGAAAUGUCCUCGCUGAUGAAAGAUGCUACUCGCUCCAUGUCUACAGCGAUGACAUAAUUGAAAGAGCAAAGUUUUAUGGAGGACUGAAAAACAAACUAUCCAAAGAGUUACCUUCAGAAUGUACGCUUUUGGAAAUGUCCACAUUUCAGCCUAAUGUCAAAGAUUCUGUCAUCAAAGGAUAUUUUCUAAAAGACUCAUCUAAGUCCUCAGCGACUGAACGAGUAUUGGGCGAGUUGCUUCGCAAUGACCCAGUCUAUGUAUGCUCCUACUUGUGCGGGGGAGAAGACAGACAGUGGUCGCAACACCUGUGGUCCAAUACAGAAGACGGUUGGGUGGUGGGAUCGGAGAAAUACUGCGUGGUACCUGCUGAAAAGCCAAAGCAUCAUCCUUCAACUCUCAACAUCAUCAACGAUGACGUGUUCUACAGUUUUGAGGAUGCCUACAAAGUUCUACAAAAGGUUUGAAUAGUGACACCUUAAUGUUUGAAAUCAGUUGACACAUGUUGCCUAUGGAACGCAGUUUGGCUCUUUGCGUGUCAAAAAAGAUACACAUCAAAUAAGCUUUUAAUUUUACACGUCAAAUAAUGCAAUUAUAUUAUAGAAUGUUGUGUGCUGAAUUUGCAUGUGCAAGCCAAGCACCACCACUAAGAUCAGUAGCACUGUCAAAGCUGUACAAAUAAGUCUGCAAACAAGCACACACCGGCCACCAACAAUGUGUUUACAAUAGCGCGUUGGUAAUAAUGCAUUAUUUGUUCGACCGAAUGGGAAAACGUCUGUGUGAGCAUUUGAAAUAAGAUCAGGAUCAAACGAGCAGGGUCAAAAAUGUUUGCAAAUAUCUUUGAUACAGGUGUUAUUAGCAACUUCUAGGGUAGCUAGCAAGCUUUAACUUGGUAACGUUACCUAGCUAGGACCAAUGCAACUAACGUUAGCCAGAAAACAAUGACCAAUAGAAACUGCAGUAAUUUUCAAUAUUCUUAGCAAUGAUUUAGGAAUCCAUGUGAGUAAGUAUUAGCUAGGUAGCCACUUGAACCUGAACUUCAGUUCAUGAAAAUAAUUAGCUAGCCAGCUACUUAAUAACCCUGUUGCCCAAAGCUAACGUUAUAAGCAGCCAGUAAUUUGGCUGGUGAGGCUUGACCUGACCGGGUUAUGUGUUGUGAAAAUAACCACAAUAAGGAUUAGACACAAUAGUGGAAUUUGCGGUUUGCCUUCAAAAUAAAAGUCCCUCUUUGAAAGUGACGCAGAAGGUUACACAAUUGGGGAAAUCAUGCAACAUUUAGACUAGAUAAUGUUAAACAAGGUUGGAAUGUGGAUCAAUGAAAUAGGCUAUCAGUCUACUCAUUGACACCCACAGAACACAACUGUGAAAAGUUUACGCAAAUAUUAGCAUUGUAGCUCUUAUCGCCAGACUGACUGUGUGAAAUCACCUCCCCAGUCAGCCUAUUGUGCGUAUUGACAUUCAUAUUGCACUGCACAGCCUUACAGUGCGACACAGUUGGCUUCAGUUGCUGGGAUUGCUAGUCUCUGUCCAGUGAUCCUGCCGACCAAGGACGGGUCUGAGGAGCUAUUUGGCGUUGCAGCUAGCCUAGCUGCUAGCUAGCAGCAUAUCAAGCUAACAGGGUUUUCUUGAGGGCUUGAACACAACCCGGUUAGCCAUUGUGGCUGGGACUACGGAUUGACCCGGGUUUGUGGCUGUCUAGAUCCCUGCUGUUUGUUGUUUUCAAUAUUCCCUGUGACCUGCCCUAUCUGGAACUGCGAGGAGUAACAGCGUAACAUACAUUGCUAGCUACCAUGACAAAGACCAAAGCCGGCGGGAGUACCGUUGUCGAGGACAGUGGUGUUUUUCUAUCACACAUGAAGGAUCUUUUAAACGAUCAAAAAUAGUUCUACAAGCAGUUGUUACAACAAUAAGAAAAUAGCUUCAAGUACUUUGUCCAAAUACUGGUGGAUUCGACUAAUAAAAGAAUGGACGACCUGACCAGAGAGGUCCAGGACCUAAAGAACAGUUUGCAGUUCUCCCAGGGUCAGCUCGAUGAGUUUAAACAGGAGAACGGCAAGAUUACAGAAAUCUGUAACUCAUUGCGAGAGGACAUCAGUUCUGUGUGUGAAUCCAUGAUAACAAUAACGGAUAAAUCAGACUAUCUCGAGGGACAAUCAAGGCGUAACAACAUGGUUGUGGACGGAAUUGCAGAAUCUCCACAUGAGACCUGGACGGAGUCUGAGGACAAAAUGAGGGAAAUUAUCUCCGAGAAAUUGAAGAUGGACUACAGGAAGAUUGAGGUGGAGCACGCCCUCAGGACUGGAAAACCUACCACCGGCCCAGGUGACAGGCUCAGGCCGAUAGUGGUCAAGUUCCUGAGGUUCAUGGACAAGGUAGCUGUUCUGGAAAGAGCCAAGAACUUGAGAGGAAUUUAUAUCUUUCUCAGCGAGGACUAUCCUGAAGCUGUGCGCCAGAAGAGGAAAGAACUUAUCCCAGCCAUGAAAGCUGCCAGAGUGCGUGGGGACAUUGCUUACAUCCGCUAUGACAGGCUCAUUGUCCACCCUCCCUCCCAGAAGCCUGGAAGGGAUGAGAGAGCCAAGCCUAUGGGUUUGUAGCUUCAACCCCGCAGCACAAACACACACACACCAAUUGAUUAAUGGACUGCUGAAUAUAUACUUUUUUCUCUUGCUUUGUUUGCUCUUUUCAGUAUUAUGUCUAUCGCUGAGAAGCUACUCAGGAAAGAGCUGAAAAUAGCCCAUAUUAAUAUAUGUAGCCUUAGACAUAAGGUUAAUAAAAUCAAUAACUUGCUAAUAUUAUAUAUUAUAUAUUAGCCAUUUCUGAGACUCACUUAGAUAAUUAAUUUGAUGAUACAGCAGUAGCAAUACAAAAAUAUAACAUCUAUAGAAGAGACAUAAAUGCUUAUGGGGGAGGUGUUGCUGACAAUAUAUUCAGGGCCAUAUACCUGUAAUGCUUAGAGAAGAUCUAAAGCCUUUUAUUUUGGGGUGUUGCUAUAGGGCACCAAGUGCGAACAUUCAGUAUCUAAAUAAUAUGUGUGAAAUGCUUGAUAUUGUAUGUGAUGUAAACAGAGAGGUCUACUUUCUUGGGGACCUGAAUAUUGACUGGUUUUCAUCAAGCUGUCCACUCAAGAGGAAGCUUCUUACUGUAACCAGUGCCUGUAAUCUGGUUCAGGUUAUUAAUCAACCUACCAGGGUGUUUACAAAUACUACAGGAACAAGAUCAUCCACAUGUAUUGAUCACAUUUUUACUAAUACUGUAGAACUUUGUUCUAAUGCUGUAUCCGUACCCAUUGGAUGCAGUGAUCACAAUGUAGUGGCUAUAUCCAGGAAAGCCAAAGUUCCAAUAGCUGGGCCUAAAAUAGUGUAUAAGAGAUCAUACAAAAUAUUUUGCUGUGGAUGAUGUAAAAAAGAUUUGUUGGUCUGAUGUGAUUAAUAAGGAGCAUCCAGACGCUGCACAUGAAUUUAUGAAAUUGCUUCUUUCAAUUAUUGAUAAACAUGCACCUGUUAGGAAACUGACUGUUAGAACUGUUAAGGCUCCAUGGAUUGAUGAGGAAUUGAAAAACUGUAUGGUUGAAAGAGAUGGGGCAAAAGGAGUGGCUAAUAAGUCUGGCUGCACAUCUGACUGGUUGACUUACUGCAAAUUGAGAAAUUAUGUGACUAAACUCAACAAAAAGAAGAAGAAACUGUAUUAUGAAGCCAAGAUCAAUGAUAUAAAGAAUGAUGGAAAAAAACUUUGGAGUACUUUAAAUGAAAUUAUGGGCAGAAAGACAAAUUCAACUCCAUCUUUCAUCGAAUCAGAUGGCUUAUUCAUCACAAAACCAUUUGAUGUUGCCAGUUAUUUUAAUGAUUACUUAAUUGGCAAUGUGGGCAAACUUAGGCAGGGAAUGCCAACAAUGAGCAGUGAGCCAUCGUGUUCAUGCAUAAAAAAACAAAUAAUGAAAGAAAAGCAUUGCAAGUUUGAAUUUUGUAAAGUUAGUGUGGGAGAGGUGGAAAAAUUAUUGUUAUCGAUCAAUAAUGACAAACCUGGCAUUGACAACUUAGAUGGAAAGCUACUGAGGAUGGUAGCUGACUCUAUAGUCACUCCUAUCUGUCAUAUCUUUAAUCUGAGCCUAGAGGAAUGUCUUUGUCAGGGAAGCCAAAGUAAUUCCACUACCCAAGAAUGGUAAAGCGGCCUUUACUGGUUCUAACAGCAGACCUAUAAUCUUGCUGCCAGCUGUUAGCAAACUGUUGGAAAAAAUGGUGUUUGACCAAAUACAAUGCUAUUUCUCUGUAAACAAAUUAACAACAGACUUUCAGCAUGCUUAUAGGGAAGGGCACUCAACAUGUACUGCACUGACACAAAUUACUGAUGAUUGGUUGAAAGAAAUUGAUAAUAAGAAGAUUGUGGGAGCUGCCUUUGAUAUUAUUGACAAUAGCCUGUUGUUGAAAAAACAUAUGUGUUAUGGCUUUUCAACCUCUGCCAUAUCGUGGAUUCAGAGCUAUCUAUCUAAUAGAACUCAAAGGGUUUUCUUUAAUGGAAGCUUCUCUAAUGUCAAACAUGUAAAGUGUGGUGUACCACAGGGCAGCUCUCUAGGCCCUCUACUAUUUUCUAUUUUUACCAAUGACCUGCCACUGACAUUAAACAAAGCAUGUGUGUCCAUGUAUGCUGAUGAUUCAACCAUAUACGCAUCAGCAACCACAGCUAAUGAAGUCACUGAAACCCUUAACAAAGAGCUGCAGUCUGUUUUGGAAUGGGUGGCCACUAAUAAACUGGUCCUGAACAUCUCUAAAACUAAGAGCAUUGUAUUUGGUACAAAUCAUUCCCUAAGUUCUAGACCUCAGCUGAAUCUGGUAAUGAAUGGUGUGGCUGUUGAACAAGUUGAGGAGACUCAAUUACUUGGCGUUACUUAGAUUGUAAACUAUCAUGGUCAAAACAUAUAGAUUCAAUGGUUGUAAAGAUGGGGAGAGGUCUGUCCGUAGUAAAGAGAUGCUCUGCUUUUUUGACACCACACUCCAAAAAGCAAGUUCUGCAGGCUCUAGUUUUGUCUAAUCUUGAUUAUUGUCCAGUCGUGUGGUCCAGUGCUGCAAGGAAAGACCUAGUUAAGCUGCAGCUGGCCCAAAACAGAGCGGCACGUCUUGCUCUUCAUUGUAAUCAGAGGGCUGAUAUGAAUACUAUCCAUGCCAGUCUCUCUUGGCUAAGAGUUGAGGAGAGACUGACUGCACCACUUCUUAUUUUUAUAAAAAACAUGAAUGUGUUGAAAAUCCCAAAUUGUUUGCAUAGUCAACUUAUACACAUCUCUGACACAUACACUUACCCCACCAGACAUGCCACCAGGGGUCUUUUCACAGUCCCCAAAUCCAGAACAAAUUCAAGAAAGCGUGCAGUAUUAUAUAGAGCCAUUAUUGCAUGGAACCCCGUUCCAUCUCAUAUUGCUCAAAUAAACAGCAAACCUGGUUUUAAAAAACAGAGAUAAAGCAACACCUCAUGGCACAGCGCCUCUCCCCUAUUUGACCUAGAUAGUUUGUGUGUAUGUAUUGAUAUGUAGGCUACAUGUGCCUUUAAUUUUUUUUUAUGUAGUUCUGUCCUUGAGCUGUUCUUGUCUAUUAAUGUUCUGUAUUAUGUCAUGUUUUGUGUGGACCCCAGGAAGAGUAGCUGCUGCUUUUGCAAAACAUCCAGGUUGUUUUGUGUUUCCUCUGGAAUAGUGUUCAAUACACAUAGUAGGGUGAGUGGUACAAUACAUGUGGCUCAAUUCACAGUGGUUUCAAAGUCCCGCAAUAAGAGCUACGACGCUAAUGUUCUCUGGGUGUCACUGAGUAGACUGAUACCCCAUGUCAUUGAUCCAUAAUCCAUAGAUAAGUCUAUACAGUGAAAUAAAUAUGCCCCCAAUGCAAUUCUAAAGUCUAAUACAUCCAGUGUGAUUACAACAGAUUUCUGUCAAAUGAACAAAUUAUUUUAUUUUGUUGAAUUUAUAUAACAACGAUCCAACCUUGUUUAGCAUGAUCCAUGGCAUAAUUCCACUAUUUGUAUUCAUUUGCAUCACUGUCAAUGACAUACUUUUAUUUUGAGGGCUAACCGCAAAUUCCACUAUUUUGGCUAAUCCUUAUUGUGGCUAGCUUCACAUAGGUGGGUUUGACCACCAUUAAUCAAAUAAGAACAGUUUUAUAAAUUAGGGGUAUUUUAGAUGAUGACACCUAGCUAAAUAGUUAGCUAGCUAACUAUGGCUAUUGAAAUAGAUUGUCGUUUUGCUAUGUUUUUGGGGAAGAACAUUGUUUGCAUCCAUCAGCUAACGUUAGCUAGCUUUUUUUAUGACCAGCACUGUCCAGAGCUUGGGGAAGGUCAGGUAUGCGAGACAAAACUUUACCAGCAUCAUAGCAUACGUAUCGACGAGUCAUUGUGAAAUAUGAAAUAUGAGUGAUAGUGUAAUCAAUGUGUAAUAACUACGUAAAAAAUGUAUGAACGUGUUAAAUUGUUAUGUGACGUGCAGUCAUAUUCAGGUCCUGAUUGGUCAACAAGCUUGUAUCUUUUUUGACAUGCAAAGACCCAAACGGCGUUCCAUAGUUGCCGUGUAUUUGUGGAGUUGUCAUUAUGUGCUAGCCAGUUUGUAAUUGAUAAACGGCGAAAAUAUUGCGACAGUAUUGGAGGAUUUGGCUAUACCGACAUCUAUGGAUAUCAUAACUCUGUCUGUCAAACAGGUAGGCCUACCACUUAUUUUUUUGAAUAGGAAGAAAUAGGCUCCAAUUAUAUAUGUAAUUCUAUGAUUAGGCCCAUAAAAAAUGUUGUCACAUAAAUAAAUGUCACAUAUAGGAGGUCCCUUACCGGACAGAAGGGAAUUUUACUUUAACCCCUGCGUUGGAGAGUUACAAUGUUGCAAUCACUAUGCAGCCAACUGCCUAUAGUAGCAAACCGAGUUUCUUACUAAUAAUAUGUCACCUGUUAUCACACAUGGCACGACCCCACAAUUGUUACAAUUACAAUAAAAAUAACACUUUUAUUUAACAUAUAAUUUAAUAUUCCUGUACAACUGUAAAAAGAGUGAGAUCAUUUGAGCUUUGGAAACAAGUACUUUCAUAAAUGCAUGGCGGGCCUCGUUUCGCUGGAGCAGUGUAAAAUAAGCUUUAUGUCAAUGACCCAGCCUUAACUAAUUUAAUUUAUUUACAUAUCGAAUUUGAUUGUCCAACAUCAGUUUCAGCAUUUCUUUAUUUCGUGGCCCGCCUAGAGUGGCCUCUUUCCUCUGCUGUGGUGCUGCAUUGCAGUCAGUGAUGUUUUCUCUCGGUAGCUGUCCAUGGUCCUGAAAUCAAAUCAUUUGAGAGAGAGAGAGAGAGAGAGAGAGAGAGAGAGAGAGAGAGAGAGAGAGAGAGAGAUUAAGAUGUAGUCUAUUUAAAUCUGAAAAAUACAAAGUAACAGGUGAUAAAUAAUUGAGUAAUCUUACAAAUUACUUGGUGAUAGAAUUUAUGCGAGUGUAUGAUCAACGCUUACCUUUUAUUCAAAGACAAGUUGACUCGCCUGUCCUUCCUGGCAGCAAAAGCAUGCACUGCUUCUUGGAGGUUGAUUUUGUAAGACAACUCGUGCUCAAUUGAUAUGGUGGUGAGUCCAUUGAGUCUCUCAUGAUUUAUAGUAGAGCGCAGGUCGUUUUUUUAUGAGUUUGAGCUUGGAGAAUGUGCGCUCUCCACUUGCCACUGUCACGGGGAGUGUGAGAAGAACUCUCAGGGCAACAAAGGCAUUGGGAUACAAGGAGGCACGUGAAAUAUUACAUUUACAAAAGUAUUCAGACCCUUUACUCAGUACUUUGUUGAAGCACCUUAGGCAGCGAUUACAGCCUCGAGUCUUCUUGGGUAUGACGCUACAAGCUUGGCACACCUGUAUUUGGGGAGUUUCUCCCAUUCUUCUCUGCACAGCUAUUUUCAGGUCUCUCCAGAGAUUACAUUUACAUUUUAGUCAUUAGCAUUUACAUUUUAGUCAUUUAGCAGACGCUCUUAUCCAGAGCGACUUACAGGAGCAAUUAGGGUUAAGUGCCUUGCUUAAGGGCACAUCGACAGAUUUUUCACCUAGUCGGCUCGGGGAUUAGAACCAGCGACCUUUUGGUUACUGGCACAACGCUCUUACCCACUAAGCUACAUGCCGCCUUUUCGAUCAGGUUCAAGUCCGGGCUCUGGCUGGGCCAGUCUCCCAGUCCCUGAUGCUGAAAAACAUCCCCACAGCAUGAUGCUGCCACCACCAUGCUUCACCGUAAGGAUGGUGCCAGGUUUCCUCCAGACGUGAUGCUUGGCAUUCAGGCCAAAGAGUUCAAUCUUGGUUUCAUCAGACCAGAGAAUCUUGUUUCUCAUGGUCUAAGAGUCUUUAGGUGCCUUUUGGCAAACUCCAAGUGGGCUGUCAUGUGCCUUUUACUGAGGAGUGGCUUCCGUCUGCCCAGUCUACCAUUAAGGCCUGAUUGGUGGAGUGCUGCAGAGAUGGUUGUUCAUCUGGAAGAUUCUCCCAUCUCCACAGAGGAACUCUGGAGCUCCUUCAGAGUGACUAUCAGGUUCUUGGUCACCUCCCUGACCAAGGCCCUUCUCCCCCGAUUGCUCAGUUUGGCUGGGCGGUGAGCUCUAGGAAGAGUCUUGGUGGUUCCAAACUUCUUCCAUUUAAUAAUGAUGGAGGCCACUGUGUUCUUGGGGACCUUCAAUGCUGCAGACAUUUUUUGGUGUCCUUCCCCAGCUCUGUGCCUCGACACAAUUCUGUCUCGGAGUUCUACGGACAAUUCGUUCGACCUCAUGGCUUGGUUUUUGCUCUGACAUGCACUGUCAACUGACCUUUAUAUAGACAGGUGUGUGCCUUUCCAAAUCAUGUUCAAUCAAUUGAAUUUACCACAGGUGGAAUCCAAUCAAGUCGUAGAAACAUCUCAAGGAUGAUCAAUGAAAACAGGAUGUACCUGAGCUCAAUUUCGAAUCUCAUAGCAAAGGGUCUGAAUACUUAUAUAAGUAAGGUAUUUCUGUUUUUAUUUUUAAUAAAUUUGCAAAAAUGUCAAAAAUCUGUUUUCGCUUUGUCCUUAUGGGGUAUUGUGUGUAGAUUGAGGAGGAAAAAUAUUUAUUUAAUCAAUUUUAGAAUAAGGCUGUAACGUAACAAAAUGUGGAAAAAGUCAAGGGGUCUGAAUACUUUCCGAAUGCACUGUAUUACACUAGAUCUGUAUUUGGGGAGUUUCUCCCAUUCUUCUCUGCAGAUCCUCUCAAGCUCUGUUGGGUUGGAUGGGGAACAUCGCUGCACAGCUUUUUUCAGGUCUCUCCAGAGAUGUUUGGUCGGCCAGGCUAAUGUUGCUAACUAGCUAACCAUGAGCUAGAUAGUUAGAUAACAGGCGUUUUCAAUUUAAAACUUGCCCAAGACAGUUCACAGAAUGUUCAAUUUAAACAACUUUAGCCAAUUUAUUCAUUACUAAAUUUAGCUAACAUUAGAUAGUUAAUCCAGAGAUUCUUACCUUUGUCUCGAUUCAGCAGUCUCGUCCAGAUCAUCAUGGCCCUGGUGAGUGACGUGAAGCUUGAGACAGGCAUUUGUAUUUCUGUAUGAUAGCCACAUUAGUAGCUAAUUAGCAUUUCAUUAUUGGGGGGUAAAUACAGGCGAAUAUAUUGAUAAAAGUCACCUUGUCCGAGAGGGAUUUACACGGUUAUCAAAAUGUCACGCCAGGGUAAGCCUACACGAAACACAGCCCUUAUUUGAAGUGUUUCUAAAAUCCACAAUGGAUUAAAUGUUGGAACCAAAAAAAAAUAUUGGAACCAUUUCCGUGUUUGACCGCUAGGUUUUAUGGGUAUUAUGACUCAUACUGUAGUAGACUAUAUAGGCCUAAUAUACUGUGUGCAGUCAGAGACAAAACAAAAACCUAGCAAUGUCACACUCCAGUGGUGGACAAAGGAAUAACAUGAUAUUCAAACAGGGCAACUACAACGUUAUCUCAUCUCUAUCUACUUUGCUCUUCAUCUGUAGUGUGGUGACAUCAUCCCUGAGUCCAAGGCUGUGCUGGAGCUUGUGGACCAGCGACUGGAGUCUAAGGAGAAAACAGCCUUUCCUGUUAUUGUCAUAGAGGGAUUGGAUGCUACAGGUUAACACCAUCACUACUUCACUAUUGUCCUUGCCAAUUCGAUGUAGCCGACUGUAUACGGCCAGGAGUUUUCCUUUCUGAUCACGUCACAUGGUCAGGAAAAACUUCUGCUCCUAUUAAUCACAUCAGAAUGCUGACACAGUAAUCAGGUCAUACAAUACUGAAUGCUCUUUCAGUCAGUUACAAUGCUUUCAAUUUUCUCUUCUGUCAUUUCUCUCUAUUCCCAUUACUGCUCAGGUAAAACCACUCUGACUGAGUCCCUGACGGAGGCACUGGGGGCCACUCUCCUGAGGUCCCCUCCCCAGUGUCUGUCCCCAUGGAGGGCCCGCUUCGACACUGAGCCCCCCCUCAUCCGCAGGGCCUUCUAUGCCCUUGGGAACUACCUGACAGCAGGACAGAUAGGCCAGGAGGCCAGGAAAGCACCUGUCAUUUUAGACAGGUAAGGGCAGCAUGAAAUAGCUUUGGUGUUGUAGCAAGUUUGAUGAGUUGGGAUAUGUGACCCCUUCUGAAUGUAUGGCUGUGUCUGAAAUCUGUCUUGCCUACUACUUACUAAAACUACAUACUGUGUACUAACCAUCAGUGGCAGUCGGUGCUGUUUAAGAUGAGGGAGGACAAUCUUUUUUUUUUAUGAGCAUGGCCUUAUUUCUAAUUUAUUACAGCAUAUUGGAUGACUGUCAUUCAUAUUCAAUUCACCAUUCACUAGCUCAAUGUAACAUUGAUAGGUUUAGGCUAUUACAUGAUACUUGAAUUUUCCCUAUACCCAUCAUGAGGUUGCUACAACCUAGCCUACGAAUGAAAGUUAAUAAUGUAGGUGCACAUGCCGAGAGACAAAUUGAAGUAAUCAAGGCGAUAUAUCGAGAUCACAUCUUCCUCUCUGAUAAGCGGUUUCAACUCGCUAUUUGCAUUUGAGGUUUCGGCCAACAGAAUCGGUCAUAUACACUACAUGACCAAAAGUAUGUGGACACCUGCUCGUCGAACAUCUCAUUCCAAAAUCAUGGGCAUUAAUAUGGAGUUGGUCCCCUCUUUGCUGCUAUAACAGCCUCCACUCUUCUGGGAAGGCUUUCCACUAGAUGUUGGAACAUUGCUGCAGGGACUUACUUCCAUUCAGCCACAAGAGCAUUAGUGAGGUCGGACACUGAUGUUGGGUGAUUAGGCCUGCCUCGCAGUCGGCGUUCCAAUUCAUCCAAAAGGUGUCCGAUGGGGUUGAGGUCAGAGCUCUGUGCAGGCCAGUCAAGUUCUUGGCAUUGCACAUGGUGAUCUUAGGCUUGUGUGCGGCUGCUCGGCCAUGGAAACCCAUUUCAUGAUGCUCCCGACAAACAUUUAUUGUGCUGAUGUUGCUUCCAGAGGCAGUUUGGAACUCGGUAGUGAGUGUUGCAACCGAGGACAGACAAAUUUUAAGCCCUAGCACUAGGCGGUCCCAUUCUGUGAGCUUGUGUGGCCUACCACUUCGCGGCUGAGACGCUGUUGCUCCUAGACGUUUCCACUUCACAAUAACAGCACUUACAGUUGACCGGGGCAGCUCUAGCAAGGCAGACAUUUGACGAACUGACUUGUUGGAAAGGUGGCAUCCUAUGACGGUGCCAUGUUGAAAGUUACUGAGCACUUCAGUAAGUCCAUUCUACUGCCAUUGUUUGUCUAUGGAGAUUGCAUGGCUGUGUGCUCAAUUUUAUACACCUGUCAGCAACGGAUGUGGCUGAAAUAGCCAAAUCCACUAAUUUAAAGGGGUGUCCACAUGCUUUUGUAUACAGUUGAAGUCGGAAGUUUACAUACACCUUAGCCAAAUACAUUUAAACUCAGUUUUUCACAAUUCCUGACAUUUAAUCCUAGUAAAAAUUCCCUGUCUUAGGUCAGUUAGGAUCACCACUUUAUUUUAAGAAUGUGAAAUGUCAGAAUAAUAGUAGAGAGAAUGAUUUAUUUCAGCUUUUAUUUCUUUCAUCACGUUCCCAGUGGGUCAGAAGUUUACAUACACUCAAUUACUAUUUGGUAGCAUUGCCUUUAAAUUGUUUAACUUGGGUCAAACGUUUCGCGUAGCCUUCCACAAGCUUCCCACAGUAAAUUGGGUGAAUUUUGGCCCAUUCCUCCUGACAGAGCUGGUGUAACUGAGUCAGGUUUGUAGGCCUCCUUGCUCGCACACGCUUUUUCAGUUCUGCCCACAAAUGUUCUAUAGGGUUGAGGUCAGGGCUUUUUGAUGGCCACUCCAAUACCUUGUCUUUGUUGUCCUUAAGCCAUUUUGCCACAACUUUUAAAGUAUGCUUGGGGUCAUUGUCCAUUUGGAAGACCCAUUUGCGACCAAGCUUUAACUUCCUGACUGAUGUCUUGAGAUGUUGCUUCAAUAUAUCCACAUAAUUUUCCUAUUUUGUGAAGUGCACCAGUCCCUCCUGCAGCAAAGCACCCCCACAGCAUGAUGCUGCCACCCCCGUGCUUCACGGUUGGGAUGGUGUUCUUCGGCUUGCAAGCAUCCCCCUUUUUCCUCCAAACAUAACGAUGGUCAUUAUGGCCAAACAGUUCUAUUUUUGUUUCAUCAGACCAGAGGACAUUUCUCCAAAAAGUACGAUCUUCGUCCCCAUGUGCAGUUGCAAACCGUAGUCUGGCUUUUUUAUGGCGGUUUUGGAGCAGUGGCUUCUUCCUUGCUGAGCGGCCUUUAAGGUUUUGUCGAUAUAGGACUCGUUUUACUGUGGAUAUAGAUACUUUUGUACCUGUUUCCUCCAGCAUCUUCACAAGGUCCUUUGCUGUUGUUCUGGGAUUGAUUUGCACUUUUUUCGCACCAAAAUACAUUCAUCUCUAGGAGACAGAACGCGUCUCCUUCCUGAGCGGUAUGACGGCUGCGUUGUCCCAUGGUGUUUAUACUUGCGCACUAUUGUUUGUACAGAUGAACGUGGUACCUUCAGCCGUUUGGAAAUUGCUCCCAAGAAUGAACCAGACUUGUGGAGGUCUACAAUUUUUUUUCGGAGGUAUUGGCUGAUUUCUUUUGAUUUUCCCAUGAUGUCAAGCAAAGAGGCACUGAGUUUGAAGGUAGGCCUUGAAAUACAUCGACAGGUACACCUCCAAUUGACUCAAAUUAUGUCAAUUAGCCUAUCAGAAGCUUCUAAAGCCAUGACAUCAUUUUCUGGAAUUUUCCAAGCUGUUUAAAGGCACAGUCAACUUAGUGUGUGUAAACUUCUGACCCACUGGAAUUGUGAUACACAAAGUAAAUGUCCUAACCGACUUGCCAAAACUAUAGUUUGUUAACAAGACAUUUGUGGAGUAGUUGAAAAACGAGUUUUAAUGACUCCAACCUAAGUGUAUGUAAACUUCCGACUUCAACUGUAUAUAGUAUAUUUAGCCUAGGUAUAACUUCACAAGCCCUGAAUUCAUUAGAUUAUUGCUGACUGUUUGAAAUGCAGUGUAUUUUACCUUUAAUUGUACAACACUUAUUUAAAGAAAACUUAAAAACAUUGUAGAUAUAUAUCGUGAAUCGCCCAUAAAUUAAAACAAAUCUAGAUAUGAUUUUUAGGCCAUAUAUCGCCCAGCCCUAGGUGACAGGCAGUGACACAUUCAAUACCACCUUGCACACUCUUGCCUGCAUCUAGCUGAUCUAGUGUGAUGAGGUGUGAAUGAAGGAGUCAGGCGCAGGAGGUCAAACACCGAAGUCCAGAGUUUAUUCCGUUUACAUAAAUAAAACGCACCCAGCGUCAAAACGAAACUAUCACAAGGGAAAUAUUCCACCUUGGCAAUAACUACCGAGCUACUCGCUCUCACAAUGAAACAAUCACUCACAAAGACAAGGGGAACAGAGGGAACACUUAUACACAUACUAAUUAGGGGAAUGAGCACCAGGUGUGUGUGAUUGACAAGACAAGACAUGACAAGUGGAGUGAUGAGAAUGGGAUCGGCAGUAGCUCGUAAGCCGGUGACGACGAACGCCGAAACCUGCCCGAACAAGGAGGGGAGGCAGCCUCGGCGGAAGUCGUGACAUCUAGGGUGUAAUCAUUAGCCCAAACAGUUGCAAAACGUUGCAAAAAGCAACCAAAACUAGAGUUCUAUUGGACAAAUUCAGGUAGGUCUAUCCCCGUUUUAUUCUUGUUUGCUUCCGUUUAAGAAAAGUAUUUCAACAGAAUCGGCGGAAUGAAUACACACACCCCUGAUCACCCGCACACACAGUUUUUUCAUAGCAACCACAUACAAACAGCAUCAUCACUUUGCUCAUUGUAUAAUUCCUUCUCGCAUCUACGCGCUCUCCUCCUCUCACCUUUUCCCUUUGCUUGUGGACUUCAGUGCACGACACAACAGCUGUCUGUGACCAGGCGAAAAACCUCUCCAAACCAAACAUUCAUACCAUAACCGCUAACCGCUACACACAGCCUACAUCAUUGUCACCAAAUUGGCUAACGUCAUAGUCAACAUAGCUACUAGAAAUAACGUGUUAAUAAACCUGCUAUAAUUACGCAGUACAGUGUACAGCAGUGGUCACCAACCUUUUCUGAGUCAAGAUCACUUUCUGAGUCAGAAUGCAAGCCGAGAUCUAUCGCUCUGAUUUUUUAAAAACAUUACUUAAAAAACGUAAGCCUAUGCAACAUUACCCAAUUAAAACAGUUCUGUAGCAAUGAGGUUUGUGCAGUAGGCUAUAGGCCCAAUACAUUAUCACUGCAUAUUGGCUAUGCUUGAAUUGCCCUGCCAAUGUUGUUCUUCUCAGAUCAAAAUGUAGGUAUAUGAUCACACUGGUAAUAGAUAAUUUGUUGUAUUACUUGUGAGGCACAGCUAAGUGAGCAUAAUAUACAGUACCAGUCAAAAGUUUGGACACACCUACUCAUUCAAGGGUUUUUCUUAAUUUUUCCUAUUUUCUACAAUGUAGAAUAAAAGUAAAGACAUCAAAACUAUGAAAUAACAUAUAUGGAAUCAUGUAGUAACCAAAAAAGUGUUAAACAAAUCAGAAUAUAUUUUAUAUUUGAGAUUCUUCUUCACCCUUUCCCUUGAUGACAGCUUUGCACACUCUUGGCAUUCUCUCAACCAGCUUCAUGAGGUAGUCACCUGGAAUGCAUUUCAAUUAACCGUUGUGCCUUGUUAAAAGUUAAUUUGUGGAAUUUCUUUCCUUCUUAAUGCGUUUGAGCCAAUCAGUUGUGUUGUGACAAGGUAAGGUUGGUAUACAGAAGAUAACCCUAUUUGGUAAAAGAGCAAGUCCAUAUUAUGGCAAGAACAGCUCAAAUAAGCAAAGAGAAACGACAGUCCAUCAUUACUUUAAGACAUGAAGGUCAGUCAAUCCUAUGACCAAAGAAAGUGAAAUAUUCCUUGAUAUUAAAAAAGACACAAGCCACUAAUAAUAACAACGCAAGCUUAUCGGAACACUUUGCUAUACUCAGUCAUUGCAACUGCAGUGCUGGUGGCUUAUAAAGCUUAAAUGUCUUAUAAAGGUGUUGAAAUUGCUGAAAAAUAACUUAAACAUGAAUUGACACAUAAAAACAGUAGCUCUUUGCUGUAUUCGUUUAGUCUUUAGUCAUGAUUUUAAAAGUUUUGAAAUCUCACAGUAUCAACUUUGCUGUGCGUUCGAGGCUUCUUUUUACUCUAUGGCUCAAAUAAACUGUGCAGACACGGUGAUCUGAGCCAUGAUUGGCCAGCGUUAGGCCUAUAGGUGCACUUGAAUUGCUAUCUGGGCCUGCCAGGGAUAGGCGAAGUUCUACCUUCAGACACAUGGAAUGGUUCAACAUGGAAACACUUUGCCUUCCCUGCGAUAGGGCUGCUGAAUCAAGUGCACCUACUGCCAACAGCGCAAAAAAAAAUAAAAAAAAAUAGAAACACCAGGCUUUAUCGUUGGGUUUUUUACAUAAAUGUUUGGUGAUCGACUAGGAAUGCCUUGGAGAUUGACCAGUCGAAAUAUACUGUGUAUAGGUCUCUCUCUGCAGCUUCUCUUUCAUUUUUGAAGAAAUUAAUUUGUUGUCUUUCUCUCUCUUUGAGUCAACUAUUCACCACAUUUUAUGCACUGCAGUGCUAGCUAGCUGUAGCUUAUGCUUUCAGUACUAGAUUAAUUCUCUCAUCCUUUAAUUGGGUGGAUAUGCCAGUUCAUGCUGCAAGAUCUCAGAUAAGUUGGAAGACGUCCUCCGGAAGUUGUCAUAAUUACUGUGUAAGUCUAUGGAAGGGGGUGAGAACCAUGAGCCUUUUGUAUUGAAGUCAAUGUACCCAGAGGAGGAUGGAAAAAAGCUGUCCUCCGGCUACACCAUGGUGCUACCCUACAGAGUGCUGUUGAGACUACUGUAGACCUUUCAUUGCAAAACAGUGUAUUUUAAUUAGUUUUUUGGUGACAUGUGAAUAUAUGUAGUAUAGUUUUAUCUAAAAAGGAUAACCUUUUUAAAAUGUUGCACUAUUUUAUUUUUCUGAAAUUCACUGAGGAGGAUGGUCCUCCCCUUCCUCCUCUGAGGAGCCUCUACUGCUAACCAUACUACAUACUAUUUAGAACAUACUGUUUACUAUAGAUGUAUGCAGUAAGCAACAAAUAUCAACAUACUAGGGACACCCAUACUGAGAAUGGUCAUCUAAUGCGCAAUUGCAUUAUUUCCCGCCAUUCGUUCAUUUUGGUACAGUCGUCCUCGUAUGUGAUUAUCAGCUGUUAUAAAACAUGUGGGUCUGAAAAGGUGUUUCUCUUCAUCAAUAGUGUGCAGUGAAAUCUACUAGAUGAAAAGCCAGAAAGAGUAUAACAUCCUGGCAUUUAAGGCAUACUCAAUUUUAUAAAUGUCCCAUACUAUAAAAUGUUCUAUUUUCACAUACCCAAUCAGCCUACUAUUUAGAAUGGAUAUUCGGACACGGCCAUUUGUAGAGUGCGAAUCGUGUGUGUAACUCAAAUACAUAGCCUUAGUAGGCUAUGCCAGUGGAAAAGCACAGGAAAGAUUCAAAUGUUCAAUUUAAGUUGGUAAACAUAGCUGUGAACAAACCACCAAACAACACCAGUAUACCAGACAUAGUCUCUGGUCUUUGAGGCUCACAACAACCCACUAUCUCCCUAAACUCUCCAUUCCUCCCAGGUACUGGCACAGCACAGCAGCCUAUGCCAUAGCCACGGCGGUGGGUGGUAAGCUGGGUAACCUGCCCCAGGCUGGCAGUGAGGUGUAUGGCUGGCCAGGGGACCUGCUGAGGCCCAGCCUGGUGCUGCUGCUCAGCCUUAGCCCACAGGAGAGGAUGAGGAGACUACAGGUCAGAGGUCAGGACAAGACCAGGGAGGAGGAGGAGCUGGAGGCCAAUCACCUGUUCAGACAGAAGUAAGAUUUCUUGUGCAGAGCCUGUGGUCUAGUGGGAACACACCUGUCUCAAGCACACAUGUCGACCGCAGAGGCCGGGGUUUGAUCCCUGUGUCCAACCUUCCUACAGUGUCUCCCCUUCAUCAAGCCCCCCUCUACUUUGACCAAAAAAGUACGAUGACUGAAAUUCAGACAAAACUAUUCUUCAAGUUUACCACUGUAUGAGCAUGUGAUACAGCUUACACUACUGAAGUGAGUAGAUAUACACUACCGUUCAAAAGUUUGGGGUCACUUACAAAUUUCCUUGUUUUCGAAAGAAAAACAAUUUUUUUGUCCAUCAAAAUAACAUCAAAUUGAUCAGAAAUACAGUGUAGACAUUGUUAAUGUUGUAAAUGGCUAUUGUAGCUGGAAACGGCUGAUUUUUUAUGGAAUAUCUACAUAGGCGUACAGAGGCCCAUUAUCAGCAACCAUCAGUCCUGUGUUCCAAUGGCACGUUGUGUUUGCUAAUCCAAGUUUAUCAUUUUAAAAUGCUAAUUGAUCAUUAGAAAACCCUUUUGCAAUUAUGUUAGCACAGCUGAAAACUGUUGUGCUGAUUAAAGAAGCAAUAAAACUGGCCUUCUUGAGACGUUGAGUAUCUGGAGCAUCAGCAAUUGUGUGUUCGAUUACAGGCUCAAAAUGGCCAGAAACAAAGAACUUUCUUCUCAAACUCGUCAGUCUAUUCUUGUUCUGAGAAAUGAAGGCUAUUCCAUGCGAGAAAUUACCAAGAAACUGAAGAUCUCGUACAACGCUGUGUACUACUCCCUUCACAGAACAGCGCAAACUAGCUCUAACCAGAAUAGAAAGAGGAGUGGGAGGCCCCGGUGCACAACUGAGCAAGAGGACAAAUACAUUAGAGUGUCUAGCUUCACAGGUCCUCAACUGGCAGCUUCAUUAAAUAGUACCCGCAAAACACCAGUCUCAACGUCAACAGUGAAGAGGCGACUCGGUUUCUCAAACUAGACACUAAUGUAUUUGUCCUCUUGCUCAGUUGUGCACCGGGGCCUCCCACUCCUCUUUCUAUUCUGGUUAGAGCCAGUUUCAGAAGAAAGUUAUUUGUUUCUGGCCAUUUUGAGCCUGUAAUCGAACCCACAAUUGCUGAUGCUCCAGAUACUCAACUAGUCUCAAGAAGGCCAGUUUUAUUGCUUCUUUAAUCAGCACAACAGUUUUCAUCUGUGCUAACAUAAUUUGCAAAAGGGUUUUCUUAUGAUCAAUUAGCCUUUUAAAAUGAUGAACUUGGAUUAGCAAACGCAACGUGCCAUUGGAACACAGGACUGAUGGUUGCUGAUAAUGGGCCUCUACGCCUAUGUAGAUAUUCCAUAAAAAAUCAGCCAUUUACAACUACAAUAGCCAUUUACAACAUUAACAAUGUCUACACUGUAUUUCUGAUCAAUUUGAUGGACAAAAAAAUUGCUUUUCUUUCGAAAACAAGGACAUUUCUAAGUGACCCCAAACAUUUGAACGGUAGUGUACAUUAGUACAUAUUACACGUUCUACUCCAAUGUAUUGAUAGCACCUACUUUUUCGGUGUAUGUAAAACAGGUGGGGAACACACACUUUACAGCGGUUUAUUAACAUACCUUACACACUGCUGAAUUGAAGUGGUCAGAUGAGCAUCACUAACUGUGAUCUGCACACACACACACAGUCUUGUUUAACCAAUCUUGUGGGGACACACAAUUGAUUCCCAUUCAAAAUCCUACUUUCCUUAACCCUAAACCUAACUUCUAAUUCUAACCAUAAACCCCCUAGAAAUAGCCCAUUUUCCUUGUGGGGACCGACAAAAUGUCCCCAGUUGGUCACAUUUUUGUUUGUUUACUAUUCUGGUCCCCACAAGUAUAGUUAAACAUGUCCACACACACACACACACACACACACACACUACUGUACCUAAUUGAGUGAGGUCAUCAGGUCCUCCUCUAUCUUAGUCUGACCCAUCAAACACUUAACAAUCAAUUACCAUCCCGAGGGGAACCAUCUGAUGAGGAAAGAACAAGUGAUUAGUUGCUGAGCUGGUCUGCUCCAUUACGCACUGCUAGUAGUCAGACUGGUCGAUGGCAACUUUCGUUCAUUCUCCCCACUGACAUCAUGGGCUUUGUCCCAAAUGGCACCCUAUUCCCUACAUAGUGCACUACUUUUGACCUGGGCCCAUUCGGCUCUGGUCAAAAGUAGUGCACUAUUUAGGGAAUAGGGUGUCAAUUGGGAGGAAUGCUUUCCACAUGGGCUCACCAGAUGUUCAACCAGCAGUCAUUAUCCUCAAGGAAGACAACUGUUGAUCACUGUUGACAGUCUGGACUCUGGGACUCAGUCCAUCACCUGUCCAAACCUCUGGAAUAAUGAUUGUGUGCUGUCAGUUGUUGUUUUUUAAUCUUCCAGACCAUCGUUCAUACUAUUUCUCAAUGUCCACUAUGGCUGCCAUAUGUUUUGGUACUUACUGUGUGAAAUAUAUUACAGUAUAUGGAUGGACCAGGCAAAGGCAUAGCAAUUUGCGGUCUAAAAUUGACAUUACAUUUGUAAAUUUUUUUGUCAUUUAGCAGACGCUCUUAUCCAGAGCGACUUACAGUUUUAGUGAGUGUAUACAUUUUUCAUACAACAAUCGAAAACCAUUGUGAUCAUCAUUUUAUAGCAUUAUAGCAUUACUUAUCCUUAUGGCCCUGAGUUUGAGCUUUUUCCUGGUUUGGUUAGGUUAUGUGAUCAGGAAAAACAAUUAAUUUGGUGUACCAUCUCAAAAGUAAUACUGACCCAGUUUUUAAGUGCUGUGUUAAUUUGUGGGACAUAAUUACUUAUUCUCUUUGUCUGCAGAGUCGAGGAGGCUUACCAGCGGAUUGAGGGCCCGGCCUGCGUCACUGUGGAUGCCAGUCCUUCUCCAGACCAAGUGCUCCAACAAGUGCUACUUUUAAUUAGGGAAAAAUGCCACUUGUAAACAGCUCCUCUCCUCUCCCAGUCUUGCCCCAGAUGGCUGAUGUUCCGUUGUGUUCCACUAGGUGGUAGUAGAGUGCCAUUGAUUUGACCGAUGCAGGGCUAGUGAGAAGAGUGCAGGGUGUAGAGUAUCUGGACUGUGGAUAAGCCUCAUAUGGCAAAGGGCCAGUACUACACACUCACACACACAAGUAUGCAUGCACGCAGUAGCACACAGUCUCUCUCUCUCCCACACACACACAAACACACACAGAUAGAGCCAAGACCCCGACCAGGGCAUGUCACAACAUGUCCUAUUAUGUAUGACUGCCAUCAGUGAGAUGAGGAGGAACGUUAUUAUGAAUGCUAUUGUGAUCUGUCAGUAGUGAUACUUAGGGAUAUACAGCCAGACAGCCCGCGGUGACAACCAUUUUUAUUAGGCCUGAGAUUCAGGAAAUGAAAGGGAGGGUUUGUAUAUUCAUCAGUCACUUCUAUUUCAUUCAAACAUAUGGGCCAGCAGCUAACUCUACAUUUUCCUUUUGAAGUAGCUAUAUGGACCCAGGGAUUAAAACACACACACAGAGCAAUAUGAUCCAUUUCACAUUACAAUAACACUACUCAUUUGUUUGAGUACCAUUUAAAAUUAAAGGAAACAUGUUGAAUAUACCAGAAGUCUGUCUCUGGACUGUUCUUGACCGAGUGUCUUAUAUAAGGAAUAUUAUAUAGUGCAAUGUCAAGGGUGUUUUCUUUAUGCACAGGUACUCGGAUGCUUUGAUGCAAGUAGUUGGCAACUACAGUGUAAGUGAGUGAGCUGUUUAUUUGGUAAAGCACACCUCACCUCUGUGACAGAUGCCAUGUAUUGUAUCACUGAAAAUAACUGCAUAUGAGGCAGUGAAAGCAGUGCACAUUAUGUGCUUAUGAAAAUGCACACUGUGCACUCAUGCACAUACACACAUAUACACACGUACACAAAAACACAAACACUCCCUCUUUCUUCUCUCCCUUUUCUCUCUCUCUCUCUCUCUCUCUCUCUCUCUCUCUCUCUCUCCCUCUCCCUCUAUCACCCAUGCACACACACACACCCACACUUAUACAGUAACACAUUUAUAUUGUAGGAAGCUUUAUUUGGCCGGUGAUGGGAAGAUUAAUUUGAGGUUUUAGUAAUUAUGAGCUUGGCAAGGCUGUGGGCCGGAGAAGACAGAGUGACCCAUCUCUUUUACAGUGAUGCAUCAGCAGAGAGGCAACGGCAGCGUACCUCUUCUUCCAAUUACUGCAUUCAGUGUUUUCAGUGGCCGGAGAGAUACUAUCAUUUUUAAUAUUAACAUCAGGAAUUAUUUUGCAACAUAUAUUCCUGGGAAUUAUAUAAUGUUUGUUGAAAUUAUUCAAGUAAGGCAAGUCUGUGCAGUAUAGUCCAAAACAAUUGGUUUUACAAGGAGUGAAAAUUGCAUUGCUUUGGGUAAAAACCUGAGGUACUGAAAAUGUAUCAGCCUCCAGACAUUUUAUAUGUCACAAGGGCGUUACUACGGAACAGUUUCCAAUUGUUUACUGUAAGUCUGACUAAAAGUUUCUUAAAUGUAAGCAGUUACUCAGACAAAAAGCUCUGCUCAUGUUUAUAGACAUUCCUUUUAAAUCUAAAAUGUAAAACUGAGUAACACAGUAGCUUCUGUCUCAAGAGUACACUAAAGUUCUGUGGUAGGAAAGCAGAGUGACUGAUGCCGGUAAUGCCACAGGCCAAUCUCUUGGCAUCAUGUGUCAUAGGCUCAAGGCAGAACUGUAUAGUUAUGUGGUAGUAGCAUGAUGUCUAACAUAUUUCUUAGAUGUUGUAAUUUCUUGUCAUUCUUGGCUGCAGAACAUUCUAGAGUGAUGUAACUGAAUGUUCUACACCAAGGCUUAAAGAAGUCCUAUACAAUGUAAGUUACAUCCAAACAAGAUGACAUUAUCACACAAAAGUCCCUUUUGUUUUAGAAAGAAGUUAAUAACUAAAUUCAAGGGGACGUUGUCAGUCCAUAAACGUACACUUUCAGAAAUAUAGGUUUAGAUUUGUUCCUAAAGGGGUACAACCGCUUGCCAUUAGGGUGGUACCCUGUAAGGACCCCCUUUGUACUUUUAAUUAUAGAUACAUAAUUGUACCCCAGUUCAUACCGCAGAUAGUACCUUUCUCCACAGGUACAAAAGCAUCCUUUUUGCCUUUAUAUAGUACCACCACAGUGAGAAAGCCAUUUGUUCCUUGUAAGUCGCAAAGAUUUACCUCUACCAUAGACCACUUAAACUGGUACAACACUGCUUAUCCCCUUUCCAACUGGGAUUUUGCAACCCUAACUGCAAGUCACAUUAUGCUGGCCUGCAAAGUGAUUUGUAAUUCCUAUUGGAAUACAGCCAGAGUUAGGAUAUCCAACAGUUGGAAUUUAUAUUCACCCACAACUUGUAUUCAUAAUGACUGUCAGGGUUAGAAACAUUGAGUGGAGACUACCUAAGCCAUUUAAACGGAAACAACCAUUUCCAUAACGGGUGCAAAAAAUUGAACUAACUGAUUGGAUUUGUUUAGAAAAAUGGAUGUUAUUUAUCUUUGUGUAGCAUAAGAUUAAUUAAUCAAUCAAUCAAUGUAGGCCUACAUGCAAAAACACUAAAAAUCUACCUGCUAGAGCAUGUUGGAAAAUAUGAUGAUGAUAAUAAUUAUGGUACAAAUGUGCCUUUUUAGGGUACCACCCCAGUGAUAAAGCCAUUAGUUUUAGGUAACAAAAAUGAAUAAUUGUACCUUAUGGUGGGUAUUAAGGGUAUUGAGGGUACACAAAAUACAUUUGUACCCUGGGAAACAGAAAUGUACCUUCACAUUGUACCCCUUUUUUUUGAGAGUGAGUGUGAUGAUUGUAUCUACAGUAUACAGUGGGGGAAAAAAAGUAUUUAGUCAGCCACCAAUUGUGCAAGUUCUCCCACUUAAAAAGAUGAGAGAGGCCUGUAAUUUUCAUCAUAGGUACACGUCCACUAUGACAGACAAAUUGAGAAAAAGAAAUCCAGAAAAUCACAUUGUAGGAUUUUUAAUGAAUUUAUUUGCAAAUUAUGGUGGAAAAUAAGUAUUUGGUCACCUACAAACAAGCAAGAUUUGUAACUUCUUCUUUAAGAGGCUCCACUGUCCUCCACUCAUUACCUGUAUUAAUGGCACCUGUUUGAACUUGUUAUCAGUAUAAAAGACACCUGUCCACAACCUCAAACAGUCACACUCCAAACUCCACUAUGGCCAAGACCAAAGAGCUGUCAAAGGACACCAGAAACAAAAUUGUAGACCUGCACCAGGCUGGGAAGACUGAAUCUGCAAUAGGUAAGCAGCUUGGUUUGAAGAAAUCAACUGUGGGAGCAAUUAUUAGGAAAUGGAAGACAUACAAGACCACUGAUAAUCUCCCUCGUGGGGUCAAAAUGAUCACAAGAAAGGUGAGCAAAAAUCCCAGAACCACACGGGGGGACCUAGUGAAUGACCUGCAGAGAGCUGGGACCAAAGUAACAAAGCCUUACCAUCAGUAACACACUACGCCGCCAGGGACUCAAAUCCUGCAGUGCAAGAUGUGUCCCCCUGCUUAAGCCAGUACAUGUCCAGGCCCGUCUGAAGUUUGCUAGAGUGCAUUUGGAUGAUCCAGAAGAGGAUUGGGAGAAUGUCAUAUGGUCAGAUGAAACCAAAAUAGAACUUUUUGGUAAAAACUCAACUCGUCGUGUUUGGAGGACAAAGAAUGCUGAGUUGCAUCCAAAGAACACCAUACCUACUGUGAAGCAUGGGGGUGGAAACAUCAUGCUUUGGGGCUUUUUUUCUGCAAAGGGACCAGGAUGACUGAUCCGUGUAAAGGAAAGAAUGAAUGGGGCCAUGUAUCGUGAGAUUUUUAGUGAAAACCUCCUUCCAUCAGCAAGGGCAUUGAAGAUGAAACGUGGCUGGGUCUUUCAGCAUGACAAUGAUCCUAAACACACCGCCCGGGCAACGAAGGAGUGGCUUCGUAAGAAGCAUUUCAAGGUCCUGGAGUGGCCUAGCCAGUCUCCAGAUCUCAACCCCAUAGAAAAUCUUUGGAGGGAGUUGAAAGUCCGUGUUGCCCAGCGACAGCCCCAAAACAUCACUGCUCUAGAGGAGAUCUGCAUGGAGGAAUGGGCCAAAAUACCAGCAACAGUGUGUGAAAACCUUGUGAAGACUUACAGAAAACGUUUGACCUGUGUCAUUGCCAACAAAGGGUAUAUAACAAAGUAUUGAGAAACUUUUGUUAUUGACCAAAUACUUAUUUUCCACCAUAAUCUGCAAAUAAAUUCAUUAAAAAUCCUACAAUGUGAUUUUCUGGAUUAUUUUUUCUCAUUUUGUCUGUCAUAGUUGACGUGUACCUAUGAUGAAAAUUACAGGCCUCUCUCAUCUUUUUAAGUGGGAGAACUUGCACAAUUGGUGGCUGACUAAAUACUUUUUUCCCCCACUGUAUAUUCAAAAUAUGGAGUACAAAAAUGUACCAUUAUACUCUUUAUCCACACAUGUACCUUAAAAGGUACUGAACAGUACCAUGUGAGUUUUUACGUGUACCUCUGAAGGUACAUUGUGUGUAUUGUGAUCAUUUUGUACCCCAGGGAGCAAUCCCGUACCCUUACUUCUAAGAGUGUAGCACACUGAAGGUUCAAGAUAAAAGUAAAGCCCAGUGCCCAUCUUCUGGAUAAAGGAAGCAGAGGUCUGUCUGAGAAGAACAGGUAUAGUUCAGCAUGGGGACGCUUUCCACUACACUACCCCCUUCAAUAUUCCAUCAGCACAACAGAGACCCAGCCGGAGAAAAACCUCUGUCAAAUAAUGAAAGAUCCAUGCGGGACGCAGCAGCACAGCAACCCUGGUCCCAUUCUAAGUAAUAGAUCAAAUGAAAGCUGUCCCUCAGAACAUGAAUACUGAGCGUGGUGUGGAGAGGAGGGAUGGGGCAGUGAUGGGAGGGGAGUGGGAGGGCAUGGAGGUGUUAGUAGGGGAGGGAGAGGGGGGAGUCUGGUGCCCUGGCAUGGACCCUUCCACUGGGCUUGACUUGGCUGCCAGAUGA